AUAAGUCAACAGUUAAAUGGCCGAAAUGGCGCCUUCUUUUUAGUCUGUUGUUGCACGUUGAAGAGUGGAAAAAACCGGGAAAACACCGUUUAGAAUUAACUGAUGUAAAAUGGCUAACAUAACACUUGAUAAAGAAACGUUUCAUAGGCGUUUGAAAAAGUUGUACACGGCCUGGAAGCAGAACGAGGGCGAGAAUGGAUUCUCGAAAAUGGAUGCUUUGGUUGCCACUGUCGGCAAAGACGACGAGUUUGUUUACACGAAAUCCGGCGCUUUGCAUACAUGGCUGCUGGGGUACGAACUAACUGAUACUAUCAUGGUAAUUACCGAGAAUAAAGUUAACGUCUUAGCUAGCAAGAAAAAGAUUGACUUCCUAAAACAAGGGGAAGCCAAAGAUGAUAGUCAAGUACAGCUUAACUUAAUAGUUAGAGACAAAGAUAAAGAUAAGGAGAACUUUAAGACACUUAUAAAUGCUAUAAAGGAAAGCAAAGGGGGCAAAGUUGUAGGUCAUUUCCCGAAAGAUAAUUAUCCAGGACCAUUUAUGGAAAGUUGGCGAGCUACUUUAAAAAGUGAGAAUUUUGAGCUGAUGGAUGCUAGUGCUUCGAUUGCAUACCUUAUGGCCCCCAAGGAAGAUUCAGAAAUCACCACUAUAAAGAAAGCUUGCUUGGUUACUGUGGAUGUAUUUACAAAAUAUUUAAAAGAUCAAAUUAUGGAAAUUAUUGAUUCAGAUAAAAAAGUAAAGCACAGCAAAUUAGCGGAAGGGGUAGAGGCUGCCUUGCAAGACAAAAAGUAUGUGUCUGGAGUAGAUGUCAACCAAGUAGACAUGUGUUAUCCUGCCAUUAUUCAAUCAGGAGGAAACUAUAGUCUUAAAUUCAGUUCAGUCAGUGACAAGAAUAAUUUGCACUUUGGCUCCAUUAUUUGUUCAUUCGGAGCUAGAUACAAGUUGUAUUGUUCAAAUUUAGUCAGGACACUAAUGGUUAAUCCCACAGAAGAGCAACAAAACAAUUAUAAUUUUCUGCUACAACUUGAGGAGGAACUUCUGAAAAAACUUGUUCCAGGAGUAAAGCUCUCUGAAGUGUAUGAAACUGGCCUGGCAUAUAUUAAAAAGGAAAAACCAAAUUUAGUAGACAAAUUCAUAAAAAACUUUGGUUUUGCAAUGGGCAUUGAGUUUAAAGAGAGCUCUUUGAUAAUAGGCCCCAAAUGCAAUGCUGUACUUAAAAAAGGAAUGGUUUUUAACCUGAACCUUGGUUUGAGUAACUUAGUCAAUUCAGAAGCAUCAGAAAAAGAAGCCAAAACCUAUGCCCUUUUUAUUGGAGAUACUAUAGUAAUAAAUGAUGGGCAGCCUGCGUCUCUUCUCACCAACAGUAAGAAAAAAAUGAAGAAUAUUGGCAUAUUCCUUAAAGAUGAUUCUGAAGAAGAAGAAAAUGAUGAUGAAAAGGAAAAUACUCCAAAAACAGAAGUGCUUGCGGGCAGAUCAAGACGAACAGCAGUCUUAGAGUCGAAACUCAGAACCGAGCAUACAUCUGAAGAAAAAAGAAAAGAGCAUCAAAGAGAGUUGGCCCAGCAACUAAAUGAGAAAGCCAAAGAAAGACUUGCUAAACAGGGUGGUGCCAAAGGUGUUGAAAAGAUUAGAAAAAGUAACAUUUCAUAUAAGGGUGUCAACCAGAUGCCUAGAGAAUCAGAAGUUAAGGAAAUGAAAAUAUUCGUAGACCAGAAGUAUGAAACUGUUAUAUUACCAAUUUAUGGAUUGGCUGUGCCAUUUCAUAUUUCGACUAUCAAAAAUAUUUCUCAGUCAGUUGAAGGAGAUUAUACUUAUCUCCGUAUAAACUUCUUUCAUCCUGGAGCUACAAUGGGAAAAGAUGGUAAUUUCCAACAACCAGAGGCAACAUUCACAAAAGAAGUUACCUAUAGAAGUACCAACACAAAGGAACCUGGUGAAAUCUCUCCUCCAUCUUCAAAUCUGAAUACUGCUUUCCGUCUCAUAAAAGAAGUCCAAAGGAAAUUCAAGACGCGCGAAGCAGAAGAGAAAGAAAAAGAAGAUUUGGUUAAACAAGACAGUUUAGUAUUGUCUCAGAACAAGGGUAAUCCGAAGCUGAAAGAUUUGUAUAUUCGUCCAAAUAUUGUCUCUAAAAGGAUGACUGGAAGCCUUGAGGCUCAUACAAAUGGCUUUCGUUAUACCUCAGUCAGGGGUGACAAAGUUGACAUCCUGUAUAACAAUAUUAAAAAUGCCUUCUUUCAACCUUGUGAUGGAGAAAUGAUUAUUCUGCUACAUUUUCACUUGAAGCACGCUAUCAUGUUCGGCAAGAAAAAGCAUGUUGAUGUCCAGUUUUACACUGAGGUUGGUGAGAUUACCACGGACUUGGGUAAACAUCAGCAUAUGCACGACAGAGAUGAUCUGGCCGCUGAGCAAGCUGAGAGGGAGUUAAGGCAUAAGUUAAAAACUGCAUUCAAGAGCUUUUGUGAAAAGGUUGAAUCUCUAACCAAACAAGAAAUAGAAUUCGAUACGCCAUUCAGAGAACUAGGAUUCCCAGGGGUACCCUUCAGGUCCACUGUUCUGCUACAGCCGACGUCUGGCUGUUUAGUCCAUCUGACCGAAUGGCCACCGUUUGUCAUAACCCUUGAAGAUGUCGAGCUAGUUCAUUUCGAACGUGUUCAAUUCCACCUUAAGAAUUUCGACAUGGUGUUUGUUUUCAAGGAUUACCAUAGGAAGACUGCGAUGGUUACUGCGAUUCCGAUGAACUUGUUAGACCAUGUCAAGGAAUGGUUGAAUUCUUGCGAUAUCCGAUAUUCAGAAGGUGUUCAGUCACUGAACUGGGCCAAAAUCAUGAAAACUAUUACCGAUGACCCCGAAGGAUUCUUUGAUAACGGAGGCUGGACCUUCUUGGAUCCUGAGUCUGAUGAAGAAGGGGCGGCAGAGGAAGAAUCGGAAGAUGAAGACGAAGUUUACGAUCCGAGUGAUUUAGAGUCCGGUUCGGAGGAAAGCGAUGAAGAUUCCGAAUAUUCCGAAGGCGAUACCGAAAGUGACGAUGCUUCCGGUGAAGAAGAUUUAGGUUCUGAGGAAGAGUCGGGCAAGGACUGGUCUGAUUUAGAAAGGGAGGCAGCCGAAGAGGAUCGCGAGAGGACUUAUGAAAGCUUUGACGGCGAUCGCCAAAGGAAGGGAGGCUUUGGGUCUAAGGAUAAAGGGAAAUCUUCAAGUAGCAGCAAGCAUUCCAGCUCGAAGCACAGCUUAAGUCACAAGAGCAGCUCGAGCAAGCACAACAGCGGUAGCCGAGACAAAGAUCGAGACAGAAAAGACAAAGGAAAAAGUUCAUCCAGUUCCAAGCACCAUUCGUCAAGUCACAAUUCUUCACGUGACAAAGAUAAGAGUCGUCACAGCUCAUCGUCGUCGAAAGAUAAAGACCGUCAUCAUUCCUCAUCCUCAAGCAAAAAGAGGAGCAGAGAUCACAGCGGAGAUAGAGAUAAGUCUAAACGGCACAAGAAAUAAGUCGAGGUACAAUAAUUGUGUCGUUAACUAUCUGGUUUGCCUUACAUGUUUUUUUUUUGUUCAAUCCAGUGAUAUAAUUUUUUUACAAUUCAAACCAAUAGUUAACAUUUAAGGAGUUAAUUUGUUUCUCGUAGGUUUUAGGUUUAAUAGUUUUACAUACGCGAAACAAUGUUUACGCCCGUUUUUUACUGUAACAAAGGAUCGAUGCUGUAAAAUGCCACUGUUUCAGUUAUUGUAAAUGUGUAUGUUAAUUUUUUCUACCUGUAGUUUUAAGAUAACCAACCUUCAUGUCAAACGGAAAUACUGAGUGGAUUAGAUCUUUUAAUGUAUGUAUUAUAAAUUUCUGCAAGUUUCUAA